CACCCAGCCCUAACUAUAUAACCAGCUGGUGUGGAGGGCCUCAGCAGGGCCAACUCCAAGGGUUCAUCCGCCGGAGAGGAAAACAUACAGACUCACUGCUGCCAACAUGAUGGUGCUGAGAGUAGAGGAGUUGGUAACAGGGAAGAAGAACAGCAGUGGGGCUACAGGGGAAUUCCUCCCCGGGGACUUCAGAGACGGGGAAUAUGAAGCUGCCAUUGCUUUGGAGAAACAAGAGGAUUUGAAGACUCUUCCAGUCCACUGUGUGAACCCAGAGGAGCAACAAUGGAAAAGUGAAAAACAGCGAGAGGCAGAGAUCAAAAAGAAAAAACUAGAACAAAGAUCAAAGCUUGAAAACUUAGAAGACCUUGAAAUAAUCAUUCAACUGAAGAAAAGAAAAAAAUACAAGAAAGCUAAAGUUGCAGCUGUAAAGGAACCAGAACCUGAAAUUAUUACUGAACCUGUGGAUGUGCCGAGGUUUCUGAAAGCCGCACUGGAGAACAAACUGCCUGUUGUAGAGAAAUUCCUGUCCGACAAGAACAGCCCUGAUGUCUGCGAUGAGUAUAAACGGACUGCUCUCCAUAGAGCAUGCCUAGAAGGACACUUGGCAAUUGUGGAGAAGUUAAUGGAGGCUGGAGCCCAGAUUGAAUUCCGUGAUAUGCUUGAAUCCACAGCCAUCCACUGGGCAUGUCGUGGAGGAAACGCAGAUGUCCUGAAACUGUUGUUGAACAAAGGCGCCAGAAUCAGUGCCCGAGACAAGCUGCUCAGCACAGCGCUGCACGUGGCGGUGAGGACUGGUCACUACGAGUGCGCAGAGCACCUCAUCGCCUGCGAGGCGGACCUCAAUGCCAAGGACAGGGAAGGAGAUACCCCACUGCAUGAUGCUGUGAGGCUGAAUCGCUACAAGAUGAUUCGGCUUUUAAUGACCUUUGGGGCAGACCUCAACGUCAAGAACUGUGCUGGGAAGACCCCCAUGGACCUGGUCCUGCACUGGCAGAAUGGAACAAAAGCAAUAUUCGACAGUCUCAAAGAGAAUGGCUACAAAACCUCUCGCAUAGCUACAUUCUAAGGAAGGAGACUAUCUACAGGAGCUGUUCACAGGCAUUUCCGAAGCACUGCCUACCAGAAGAGCAAGCAGCUACAAAACCCAGCUUUUGUCCGCCAGAGGGUAGGGAGAUAGACUUAAAGUCGCUGUAAGAAAGUGCUGGGUUGGUUAUAGGUGUCAAAAUCUCACCAUUGUAUUUAUUCCUAUUUAUUUAUUUAUUUCCUAACACUGGUAUUCAGCCUUUCACGAGCAUUUUUUGGGGGCAGUAAAACUUAAUCUGUAUGCAACAUUCAGCGUCUUCCCAUAGAUCUUACACCUUGUGGAUGAAUGGCGUCUAAUUGCAUACUUUUGCCCUGGGUCACAUAGAAGCUAUUGAAGGUAUUUUGAAAUGUCGAGGGUGCUUCUUGCAGCUCUCUUCUGAAUCCUUACGGCUGCUAUCUGAAUGAGCAACAGAAGGCAUGUGGUGAUGGGGAAAAGAACGGAAGCCAUUAUGCAUGACAGACGCUGAAGCCCGCCCUUCACCCAUAGGUUUGAUUUGGCUGGUUGGUUACCAAGUCACAGGAUGUCCCAAGGUGAAGAGAGUUCUGGGUGUAAGUGCAGGGAGGCAGAGGAGGGGGUGGGCAGUAGGGCCAUGAUAAACUGAGCUUGAUGAAAUAAAGGCAGAAGGAAAGACACUGUAAAUGUGUAAAUGUAUAUUGUGUUGUAUGUAUAUUUUAUAUUCAUAAUAAAUGCAAACAGACUCUA